AGGGUAAACAUUGUCUAUGGCAAAUAAAUAUCCCCACUCCUAGGGUAUCGGAGGGUAGAAUGGAGCUACCACCAUUUUGUUUAAAGGAUCCAACAAGACUGAUAUUAACUAAGAUCCUUCUCAUCAAUUGAGCCCCCUGGUCCUGUCACACAUUCAUCAAUCAUCUGUUUUGAAAGCCAUUGCUGGCAACACGUUCCACCAUACCAGAAGGUUCUACUUUACCAGAGGGACGUCAAGGAAACCUGAGUGGAGGCCAGGCCAGGGUACUAUAUUCCUAUGGCUGAAGCAAAACGCCCGUUCCUGGUGAACAUAAAGGAUGAAGUGGAUGGUGUUGUUGCCCCACCCUAAUUUACAAAGAUAAUCUGCACUGAAUUAACUGAAGACCCGAGGUGGUGCAGGACUACCAAAACGGAGAAAGAAAGCAUUUGAGGACAUUGCUGUGUCAGUGGUCCAACGUGGGAAAGUGGAGUAGUUUUAUGUUGAUGUCUGAAGAUGCUGACGAUCACUAACUCAACAAUCUUUUUGGCUCAGGUAAACGUGCUGAGGAUACUUUAUUGGGAGGUUGCUGUAUGAUGUAGGCACUGCCAUGGCAGUGGAGGUUUGCUUGAGUAUUCAGUCAUACAACACUCCACCCUCAGACAAGCAGUGGAGUCCCCUACCCCCUCAUGGAGUCAGUCAGGACACCCCAGUCGAAGUACACGUUGGUGGGGGAGGUGAUACGUCACGUCAUCCCUGGAGCCACACAAUGCUCCAUAGGGUGUGGAGGUCAGAACUGCAAGUAUGAGAACCCUGACCGCUGGAGCAAGGACAAGCAAGCCAUCAAAGGCCUCUACUCCUCCUGGGUCACGGAAAACCUACUUGCCAUGGCCAGGCCCUCUACUGUAUUAAUAGAAAAAUACAACAUUAUUGACCAAUUUAAAAGAUGUGGCCUGAAGACAGUGAUAAACCUGCAGAGACCUGGGGAACACGCCAGCUGUGGUCCCAAUGCACUGGAAUCAGAAAGUGGAUUCUCCUACCAACCUGAGGUCUUCAUGGAGAACAACAUAUAUUUCUACAACUUUGGUUGGAAUGACUAUGGGGUGGCCUCCCUCACAUCCAUCCUUGACAUGGUGAAGGUCAUGUCCUUUGCGAUGCAGGAGGGGAAAAUGGCUGUCCACUGUCAUGCUGGUCUGGGAAGAACAGGUGUGUUGUUAGCGUGUUACCUGGUCUUCGCCACCAGGAUGACCGCUGACCAGGCCAUCGUGUUUGUGCGUUCCAAACGACCCAACUCCAUCCAGACCAGAGGUCAGCUGUAUUGCGUGCGGGAGUUUGCCCAGUUCCUGGUCCCUGUCAGGAGUAUCUUCUCCUGCGCUGAGCCCAGGACUAACCCCAUCACCCUGUCCCAGUUCCUGACCCGCCAGGGACACAUGCUGCAUGGCUAUGAGCGGCGGGAGCUCAGGCACUUGCCCAAGAUCAUCCAGGUGAUCUGCAAGCUGCUGCUGGACAUCGCUGAGAACCGGCAGGUCAUCGAGGAGGACAUGCUGGACAUCCCUGACAUGACGGCCGAGGAGGAGAUAGAGUUUGAGCGCUAUCGUGACUUUGGAUUCACCAAGGGAAGCUUCGGGGGAGGCGGCCUCGGAGGGCAGCCCCGCUUACCGGGACCCCCAACCAAACCCCGGCACGCCAACGAACCGCCCCUGUUCUACCACCGCAAGAGCCUGAGCUACAGCGAGUCGGACCUGCGGAGGCUGGGCUCUGAGCUGAACCUGCCGACCCUACCCCUCUCCAACUCGCUGUCCGCUUGCAACAUGUCUGUGGCCUGUUCUCCCUCCCUGAACUCCCUGCCUAGGACCCCGGCCACAGGCAGCCCCAUGGGGCCCAGGCAAAUAACCACCACCUACGGCUCCCAAGAUGGAUCCCUCUGGGAGCAGAAGAGCCUCGCGGAGGGAUCACCGCUCCUAAAGAAGACACAGAAAGCCUGCCAGCGCAGCGAGUCCGAGUGCAACCCCGAGAAGAAAGGGUAUAGCAGCAUGCUGUUUCGGUGGAAGAAGGAGCAGAGGGACAAGUUAGCGUACAAUGGUGAUGUGUCUCAGAUAGAGGAGUCAGAGGUGCCCUUCAUCACCAUCCAGACAGAGCUGUCCAAGGAGGCCAGGCAGCUGCUGGUGGCCCAGGCCCUGGCUGUGGAUCUGGAGCUGGACGGCGAGGAGGAGCACAGGGAGAGACUACAAGCCUGGCAGUCAGAGUUGAACAUGGGAGGGGCAUGGGAGAGGCUGUGUACAUUGGAGAAGGACCCGUUUGUGCUGUCUGGGCUGAUGUGGACCUGGCUGGAGCAGCUGAAGGAGCCAGUCAUCUCCGUCGAGGAUGUACAGAAUCUGGACCAUAACAACAGUGACCCUGCAAACUCAGAGGCUGUCUUCAAACCACUGGACCAGGCUCCCAGGGAGAUGUUAGUGUGCAUUCUGGACUGUAUGGCUCAUGUUCUCACAAUUCCAGAGGAGGUGGAGGCUGCUUUCCUGGAGCGCACCAUCAAGGCUUUCACAAAGAUGGGAAAAGGCUCAGCGGUGUAUCCGGCCAUGACAGAGAUCCUUAGGCUGGUCCUACACGACAUGAGGUUUAUUGCCAUAGAGGAGGAUGAGGUACCAAAUAUGGCGCCCAUCCCUACUGUACUGAUCCCAUAAACCUUGUGUAUUCUUUCCCAGACCAUCCCUUGCUAUAUUAAAACAUAUGUUGUGCCUUCCUGUGCAGUUUGGAUAGUUUUUCACACACAAUAUUUUUGUCAUUAAGUAUUGUACAGUAAGUGUAUUGUAUACGAAAGAUCACUUUCCAAUGUUUACUUCUGUAUUGUACAGUUAAAAUGCAGACCCAAGAAAAUGCAGUUUAUUUGAGAGUUAAAAAUAAAUUGUCAGUUUGGUUUUGUUAAGAAGAUCAAGGGGCAGUAUUUGUUACAGUAUGUGCCCUAAAGAUUUAGGUUAUAUUGAACAUGCAACAUCCAACACAGGGAUUUAAAUACCUAAGCUCCACAUAAAGCCAGCUACGUGAUUAUAACCAUUCAUUCCUGUACAGAAAUGUGUUAUUACACAAAAAAUAAAGUAUCAUGGCACAGCAA